AUGGACACCUACACCUUCUGUACGGCACUGGGCGGUGAAGAAGCCAACCGCCAGCUGCGUAUCCAUUGGGCCACGUGGGUCACUGAGGAGGACAUGAAAGAACUGGCCGAAGCUGGCGUCAACUCGGUGCGCGUGCCCGUCGGUGACUGGAUGUUUAAUCCGUACGAGCCUUACAUCGGCUGCACUGAUGGCGCCGUCAAGGAGCUAGACCGCGUGAUUGAAUUGGCCUUCAAGUACAAUAUCGAGGUCCUUCUGGACAUCCACGGCCUCAUCGGGUCCCAGAACGGAUUCGACAAUAGCGGAAUGGCUGCAGGCAUCAAGUGGACGUCGAUCGGCAGUACGCAGCCAAUUGGCACCACGACGUUCGAGCACUGGCCACUGCGUGCGGCUGGAUGGGCCGGUGACUUCAAUCUGAGCACCAACUCGUACAACUCGCUCAACUAUGAAAACCUGAACCACUCGCUGCACACGGUAACGACGUUGGUGGAUCGCUAUGCCGAACAUCCGGCCAUUAUCGGCGUUGAGCCGGUUAACGAGCCGUGGGAGCUCACCCCCAUUGACAUGUUGAAAGACUACUACUGGAGAUCCUACAAGCGCGUCAAGGCGCGUGCCCCGCACUGGAAGUUCGUGCUGCACGACUCGUUCCGCUUUGGCGCCUGGAACAAUCCUGGCACCAAGGCAGACUUUUUCGCCAAUGCCUGCCAACAGAAGUACACGAUCGCAGACAUGGAGAACGAGCGGAUGCCUGUGAUCGUCGGAGAGUGGUCGCUCGCCACGGACAACUGCCAAAUGUGGCUGAACGGCUUCAAUGACAACCUGCCAGGCUUCCCCAAGGUCCAGUGUCGCCAAACGCCUUGCCCCGUGCACAGCAAGUACCUCGGUGUGGGGUUCCCAGGCACUCCACUGGACGUCACCAAGCCGAUCCAAGGUCCUUACGGCACCGGUCAGUCUGGCCCGUCCUUCGAAAAGUGUCCCAUAACAAGCAACACGACGUUCGGCCAGCAAAAUGAGGAGGAAGAAGUCGCAUUCGCUCGUGCCCUGAACCUCAAGAAGCUCAACGCCUACGCCGUGGGUCACGGCUGGUACUUCUGGAACUUCAAGACGGAGUUUGGCUCGCGUUGGAACUUCCUCGACCUCGUACGCAAAGGUGUCUUCCCCAAGAACGUGUCCAACUAUCACCGUAGUGAGGAGCGCGGAGUGCAGCCGAUCGAUCUCACCAACGGAUUGGACUUUGCUUGUGGGAAUCCCGACAAGAAGGUGGACUGCACGGGCCUUGAGAACCGCUUUAACACGCUCGAGGAACGCUGCGACUGGGCAUUCAACGAGUACUGGCACACGCACAGGCAGGAGGGCGCGACGUGCGAUUUUGGCGGUGCCGCUCACCUGCUUGCUGCCAACAAACCGUCACGUGUCAAGCGCCAGGAAGCUCUCGUCACUCCAAUCGGCAAUCUCAUUCUCAUGUGGUGCCUGGGUAUUGCUGGUCUCUUUGCUGGCGUCUUUGUGCUGGUCACGCUGUACUCGCGUUACCAGAGACAAAACGAGUACUCACCCAUCCGAGGCGAGAAUGCUUAA